ACCAAACGGCAACUCAAACAAAUCCGGAAAAGACAAAAAAGAAAAAGUAAUUAUAUCUAAUAAAUCAGCAAAUUUUGGAUUUGUUUAUUGAUUAUCUCACCCACCCAUUUUUCACUCGGGUGAUUUUGGAAUCUCUCCUACAACGCAGUGAUUUCAGGUAAACUCGGGAAGAUUGCAAAAAGGAAUUAUAAUAAGAUAGUAUAAAGUAGGUCGUGCAUCCAUUUGUGCAGGAUGAGCAGCCAGAAUCAAGGGGCUAGCUUAUCUUCUUCAGCGGACCCACCUAUGAAGCGGAAACGUGGGCGUCCACGCAAGGAUGAGACUGUUCAAGGGGACAACACACCUUUGACUCCUGCAUCUGACAAUCUGAAGAAAGACAAGCAGAGUGUGGGAACAAGUGACGCUGCCUCUGAUGACAUGGUAGGUCAGAUGGUUUCUGGUGUCAUUGAAGGUUCAUUUGAUGCUGGAUAUCUCCUUAACGUUAAGGUAGGUGAUACCAACACACAUCUUAGAGGUGUUGUAUUUCUACCGGGACGAUUUACUCCAAUUACUGCAACAAAUGAUGUGGCUCCACAUGCUAAGAUGUACAAAAGGAAGGAGAUUCCUAUCCCAUUUGUAAACCCUCAAGGUCAUCUCCAUGCUGUGAGUCCAUCAGGGAAAAGUGAGAAGCCCAUAGAGCAUAAAAAUGAUUCACCUAACCUUCCAGACCAAAGUCUACAGAUAGGGCUUCAGUGUGGUGCCACGGCUGCUAGUGAGAGCCAAUCUCCCUCUAUUCUAAUUCCUUCAGCUAGUAACUUGCCAAUAGAUGACACUGGUCUUCCUCUGGGACAAAAGGUCCUGCAAGAACAAAUCUUAGAUUCUGGAUUGCAGAAUGAUAAAGCUUUUGGACAGGAUCCGUCACUGCAGGGAUUUGAAGCCUUCAAAUUGAUGAGAGGACCAAGUAUUAAUGUAGAGGCACCUAAAGCAUCUGAGCCAGUGUCUGCAACAUUUACUUCUACUUUGCCAGCUAUUCAGACUGUAAAUCUGAAGCCUCAAGUUGAACACCAGGCCGUGAGUUCUGAUCUUAAGUUGCAGGAAUUGCUUCAUGAUGAUGUGAAAAGCCUUGACCUUGGUAACAACCAAACUUCUAAGUUUUCUGAACCUGAACCUCAAGCCAUGGCCUGUCACACUGGAAUCAACAUAUUCGGGAAACAGGCUUGGUCAAGGCAAGAUAUAGAUAUUUCACAAGAUACUCAAUUGGAGCUCGCUAAGAAGAUUAUGAGUGGAGCUGACACGUCUCACAUGGAUGGAUUUUCUGCAAGUGAUGUUGCUACAACUACCGGGACAUCUCUAUGCUCUGCAUCAAUGACCAGCCUACCGAUAAUGAUAUUUGGGGCCGAAACUAUUCCAUCUGAACCCAAGCCUGCUGCUGAAGAACAUGUUCUUCCAAGAAUGGUUGUACCUGAAGUUAAUAGUUCCUUAAUGGCUGCCAACAACAACAGUGUGGAUGCUAAUGCCAAAGAUGCCAUUCCACCAGGACAGUAUUAGUUUUCUGAGUUGUGAAACUAGAGGCGUGAAUAGAAGGAGCCUUCAAAGUCUAAGGCUUGAAGGAUGACUAGCAUAAGUCAUGACUGAGAAUUGUUUAGAGUUUUAAGGCAAAUGCUUAAUUUGGUACUCUUUGUCUCUAAUUUGGAUUAUUUGUAACGUGUACUCUUUGCAAUCAACCUUUACCUUCUGACUUCAUUUCUAGUGCAUUCUCAUGCUUUGUGCUGAAGAUUUCUCGCACGCUUUGGUAGCAUUGUGUGCGUGCUUUCAUGAUUGACCUUUUUUCUUUUUCUCAUAAAAUAGAAAAACGAAGACAGAAUGUCAUAUUCUGUUAUGUGGUAGUUAAG